CACCCCGGAAGAAUGACUAACAUGAACAAUGAUUUCGCGGUGUCUGAUCAAUCCGCUCCUGUUCAUACCCGGCCAGAUUCAUCUCCCUCCGAUCGUGACAAACCAAAAAAGUACGGAUUUGCAGCCCCACAGAGACCAUUUGGAAAAAUGAGUGUGUUUUAUCUGCACAGGCUCCAUAUAAACACGGCUGUAGCGGUGUUCGUGCUGUGCGCAGUUCACUGCUGUCAAGCGCUCAACUUGGAUGUGAAGUUUCCAGUCGUCAAGGAGGGGAAAACGGCAGGCAGUUUAUUUGGACUUUCUGUUGCACUUCAUGAGCAGUUUGUAAAAGAACAGAGAUACCUACUUCUUGUAGGAGCACCUAAGGAGAAGGCGGAGCCUGGACUGCCAGCCAAUGAGACUGGAGAUAUGUAUGCCUGUCCAAUCACAACAGAUCCCAAAGACUGUAAAAGACUGAACCUUAUUAAAGAUCUUGAAGAGAAAUCAGAUCCUAACAUGGAGAUAAUUGAAGGAAUGUGGUUAGGUGUGUCUGUUGCCAGUCAGAAUAAACCAGGUGGUCGUGUAUUGGCAUGCGGCCAUCGUUACAUUCGGAACAUGUCGUCCAUCUACCGCAUGAUUGGAAGAUGCUACAUUCGUGGAAAUGAUUUCCUGUAUGACGAAAAGGACCAUCAGUGGCAGUUACAUGAAGAGAUGUGUGACCCCAGUAGUACUAUGGAAAAUGAGGGCAUGUGUCUUGCUGGUAUGUCUUCAGCCUUCACGCAGAAUGAGAUCGUCCUUGGCUCACCUGGAUGCUACAACUGGCAGGGGAAUGCUAUUCUGAAGUGGCAUAGCCCUAAGGAUGUUUAUACUACAAUAAAGAGCAAGUUUCAAAAAUUUCAAGAUCAAGCAAAUAUUUACAUUGGUUAUUCUGUAGCUACGGAUCAAGGCAUAUUAAGCAAAGAUAAAUACACAGUGGUAACAGGAGCACCAAGGGACAAAGCCAAAGGAUCAGUGAUGAUGGCCCAAUCAGAAACCACUGGAGGAAACCUCAUAUUACAAAGCACUCUCAAGGGGGAGCAAGUAGGAUCUUAUUUUGGCAAUAGCAUUGCUAUUGUGGAUCUUAACAAUGACAGUUGGAAGGAUUUGAUUGUUGGAGCACCGUUUUAUUUUGACCGGAAAAAACUUGAAGGCGGGGCGGUGUAUAUCUAUAUGAAUCAGAAUGGAGUUUUCCGUAACAAAGCCGACUUGGUCCUCUAUGGAUCUAAAGACUCUGCCUUUGGAAUGGCUGUUGUGGCUAUCGGUGAUGUUAACCAGGAUGGCUUCCAAGAUUUUGCUGUUGGUGCUCCAUAUGAUGGGAAUGGAAAGGGCAGUGUGUCUAUAUGGUUGGGUAACAAAAACGGCAUAUCUCCCAAGCCUAGUCAGGUCAUUUAUGGAAAAGAUAUCCCAGCUGCUGGAUUCCAGACAUUUGGCUAUUCCAUCAGCGGUGGUUUGGAUGUGGACAAGAACAGUUACCCAGAUAUCGUGGUUGGAUCAUUAGAUGACCGCGUGGUUUUGCUUAGGGCCCGUCCAGUGAUUCACCUGAAGAAGACUUUCACUGUGACACCAGAGAUUAUUGAUCCCAAUAAUUGUGAUGCCUGUAUUAAGGCAGUAAUCUGUCUCUCCUACACACUAAGUACUGGCAGUACCAGUUCCCAGAAGAGUAUUACUUUUCAGUAUACAGUGGAAGCCGAUUCGUUUCAACGGAGUCCACGCGUUCGUUUCCUUGACAACAAAGAGGGCACAAUGUCCGUUAAUCCGUCUGGCGAAUGUCGUACUCUGAAGCUCGAGCUGGUGUCCAAGACGAUCCAAGACAAAGUGGCUCCAAUAGUUUUCUCCCUGACCUUGGCUUUGGUGGAACCUCUACCUUCAGCUGGAGGGUCGGUGGAGGACCUCAGCCCAUUUCCUGUGAUCAGCCAGAAGGAAGCUCUGAUUGGCAAAACUGAGAUUCACAUUCUGAAAGCCUGUGGAGAGGAUAACAAAUGUGAGAGCAACCUUCAAAUGACGGCUGUGUACACAGAUGAGCAGAACAGGCCGUUUCCCACGCAGGACGGCAAGCAAAUGUUCAACUACACGACUGAAGUAAAGAAGUUGAGGUUGAUGGUAAAUGUGACCAACACUAAAUCAGGGGACAAGAUAGCAGAAAAUGCUUACAGUGCUAUUCUAAAUGUCACUAUUCCCUCUUCGCUCAGCUUUUCUAGUCUGAGCCCAAAGGACUUGAGUGUUGAGGCGUCUCCUGAUGUGCCUUUUCUUCUGUGCAGACUUGGAGACCCUUUCAAAACCGAUCAGAGGGUUGAGAUUGAGAUCACAUUCGAAACGACAGGAAUCACGAUAGACACGGAAAAGAUUGAGGCCGAGCUGCAGCUCUUAACCCAGAGCGAUCAGAAUGAUCUAUGGCCUCUUUCAAGAGUGCUGAUGGUGGAGUACAUCCUACAGCCUACCUUUAGUGUCAUUCCUUAUCAAUACAGAGCAGAAUUCAGUGGCAAAGUAGUUGGGGAAUCAGCCAUAAAAUCCAUCAGUGAUAUCGGAAGCCCAGUGGAAUUUAACAUUACGGUGGCCCUUUCAGGAAAACCUCUUUCAGAAAAUCUGGGUUAUCUAGAAGUGAUCUUUCAAUGGCCUUAUGCAGUGGCUAAUGGAAAGUGGCUACUUUAUCUGUCAGAAAUCCAGAUGACAGGAACCUCCAAACCCUUCUGUGUUCCUGCAGGAAGCAUCAUAAAUCCAUUACAUUUUUCACUAAAUGCAUCAGAUCGUGGGUCUAGAAGGAGAAAAAGAGACGAGGCCUCCGUUGAGGCCGAAGUAUCUGAGCCAAAGGCCUCACUGAACCCACGGGGCGUCCCCAGGAAAACGGUCCGCCUGGACUGCACCACAGGUACUGCUCUCUGUCAAACCUUUACCUGCCCUCUGCGGGACAUGAAGAGCAAAGCCACACUCACUGUCAGAGCACGAUUAUGGAACAGCACGAUGCUUGAGGACUAUCCUGCUGCGACAGUAUAUGUACACGGCAAUGCCACUUUGAGUUUAAAAACAGACAAAGCUACCAUCAAGAUGAUCAAUGACACCCGUGAGUUCACAGUAGCUAUAGAUCCUGCAGUGACAGAAGAACUUCCAUAUGAAGCACCGCUAUGGAUUAUCAUUGUGUCUGUCCUGGCAGGAGUGCUGCUCCUGGGUCUGAUUGUCAUUCUCUUAUGGAAGUGUGGUUUCUUCAAGAGGGCCAACACCCGAGAACUUUAUGAGGCCAAGGCCCAGAAAGCCGAGAUGAAAACGCAGCCAUCAGAAAAUGAACGGCUUACAGUGGACGACUGAGAUUUUUCAGCCUUUCUGGGUCACCAGUUGCAAAGUUAGUGGAUUUUUUAAGCGCACUGCCCAUUUCCACACUUUGCAGAAAUAUCAAGGAGUGAGGAUAAGUAAGAAGGAACAAUACCAGGUAAAUCAGGGCUUUUUGAUCAUUGACCCCAAGAAGAAACACUGGAUCACAAGCU